AUGGGUGAGGUGGUGGGCUGGUACGAUCACUCUGUGCUUUACAGAUUUCGGGCUAGAUUUGCAGUUUUUCUGUUUGGUUGUUCCAUCGUGAUCCUCCCCUUCGUAUGUUUCGGUGCUUACGUAAGCCUCUUUCUCUAUCCGCUAUUUCAAAUGACCUUUGGCCAACCAAUCGCAGAUAUGUAUAGCUGCUUUUGCUUCCUCGUUAUCCUAAUCUACACCGUCUAUUGGAUUUGGGAUAUCGACACACCUUAUCGAGGAGGACGUAGAAUAAAAUGGCUCAGGAACCUUCCUUUGUGGAAGUGGGUGGCCGACUAUUUCGCUGCACGUCUAAUCGUCUCCGAAGAACUGUGCACAUGGGCCAAAGAGAAUGGUUAUGAAGUUGGCGAAAAUUUGGAGUUAGUAAAACUUCCAACUUCUGUCAAUUACCUCGUGGGAUACCAUCCUCACGGACCACUUGCAAUCGGCGCGCUUAUGGCCUAUGGAAGUGAUUCCCUCAACUUUUCAAAAGUCUUUCCCGGCAUUAAACCACACAUGGCCACACUUAAUGGACACUACGACGUGCCAUUCUAUAGGGAUUAUGCUCUGUUUGGCGGUGCGCUCGUCACGCUUCAAUGCCUUUCUUUUGACUCGAAGGCUACCAUGACCUCGCCACUCAGUAAAAUGGCUCGCCAGUCGAUUUUCCGGUACCUCCGUUCUCUUAUUGCAAUUCUUCUGCUCGAAAUGUCCUUUCUUAUUCAGCCUGCUCUUUGUGCUUUUCUGUACACCUACAUGUUCCUUUGUCCUCUCAUGAGGAUAAUCUUGGGUCAGGCUAUCGUAGGAGGUGGGGGGCUCGGUGGUUUUAUCAUGGGUCUAAUUUACACUGCGUACUGGAUUUCGACACGCAGAUGGCCGACACGAGGUGGAAUCUACUGUCGGUGGUUCACUAGACUACCAAUUUUCAGAUGGGCGAUGAACUACUUUCCCAGCAGAUUAGUGGUUUCCGAUGAGUUGAGGGAAUGGGCAGCCAGCCAAGGCCGAGUUUUUACAAAAGCUGGGCGGGUGGCAGUGCGUUUGCCGACAGCAUUCAACUACCUCGUCGGUUAUCACCCGCAUGGAUGGCUGGCCCUGGGGGCUGUGGAAUCUUUUGGUAAUGACGCACUGGAGUUUUCGGAGACGUUCCCUGGCAUCCAACCUCACAUGGCAGUAUUAAAUCUGCUGUUUAACAUACCUAUCCAUAGAGACUACAUAAUGCUUGGGGGCGGGGUAUCAGUGAGCCGGGAGAGUCUGAUUUACCUGCUGGACAAGGAGUUGACGGGGGUCACGGGCAACCUGGUGGCGGUGUCGGUGGGCGGAGCGACGGAGGCCCUGGAGUCGCGGCCCGGCCACUACGUCCUCAUGCUCAGUCGGCGGCGCGGCUUCUUCCGCAUCGCCCUCAAAACGGGAGCUCACCUAAUCCCCUCGCUGGGGUUCGGGGAGACGAACAUGUACGACCAGGUAGCCAAUCCCGUGGGUUCUGUCCUGCGGCGGGUGCAGGACUGGUUCACACACACCUUCACCUUCUCCCCUCCCAUAUUCUACUCGUGGCGCGUCAUUCCGUACCGCAAGCCGCUCAAUGUCGUCGUUGGAAAGCCGAUCGUGUGCAAGCGAACGCCCUCCCCGACUGACGAGGAAAUCGACAACCUCAGGGAGCAAUACAAGCAGCAGCUGACCGACAUGUUUUUCAAGUACAGACCACUCUACGAUCCGACUGCUGAGGACAUUCGGUUUUAUUGA